AAGCGCCUCCAAUUCUGCAAGAGAGCACUUUGCUCUGGUAUGUAUUUGCUUGUAAAAGCUAUUCCAAUUGGUUACGUCCCUCCAAUUUCCUAUGAGACGCCUCUCUUCACAAAAGGACUGCCUUCAGUGCCUGCUCUUGUUUACUCAAAGUGUGACCUUCAUGGCGAGAGAAAGUUGAAACAGAACCGUGGGCACAUCUGGAAGCCUCACCCAUCUCAGGUUGAAAAGAGUCAAAGAGAAGUUUGGAGAAUGGAGGGAGUGUGGGCAUACUUGAUUGCUCUCCUGGUGGUUCUCCUGAUCCUGUACUUUUGGAGACAACAGCGAUCACUCCGAACGUACCCUCCUGGACCUCUUUCACUUCCUUUCAUUGGAGGCCUAUGGCGAAUUGUGUUUGGAUAUCGUGAAGAUACUCUGAUAAAGCUGGCAAAACAAUACGGAAACAUUUAUACCCUGUGGGUGGCAAAUUUACCUGUGGUGGUACUGUCUGGAUUCCAUGCUGUCAAAGAAGGAUUGGUCAACCACUUGGAAGAAUUAUCUGACAGGCCACUGACUCCUUUCUUUAGAGCAAUAGGACAAGGAAAGGGUGUUGCACUUUCAAACGGUCACACAUGGAAGCAGCAGAGACGGUUUGGGCUACAUUCCCUGCGGAAACUGGGAUUGGGGAAAAAAGGCAUGGAAAGCCAAAUCGAAGCAGAAGCCCAGCAACUUGUAGAGAUAUUUGCACGUGAAAAAGGGCAACCAUUUGAUCCUUCAAUGGCCAUCACAAAUUCUGUCUCUAAUGUGAUAUGUGCUCUGACAUUUGGACAACGGUUUUCUCUUGAAGAUGAAAACUUCAAGAAAUUAAUUGAAGCCGUUGAUCUUGCUUUAAGAGCCAUAGGAAGCUUCUCUCAUGCACUGUAUGAAGUAAUGCCAUGGCUCAUGGAAAAACUUCCUGGACUUCACAGAAAGGCUUUUGAUGCUUCAAACAUGCUGCUUUCAUUAGCAAAGAAGAAAAUAGAGAAACACAAGGAGGACAACUCCUACCAUGAGCCACAGGACUUCAUUGAUUUCUAUCUACUUCAAAUGGAGAAAAGCAAGAAUGAUCCUGACUCUACAUAUGAUGAGGAAAACCUGGCUCAGUGCAUUCGUGACUUAUUUGUUACAGGAACAGAAACGACUGCCACUGCCUUGAAAUGGGCAAUCCUCCUUUUGACAAAUCAUCCAGAUAUACAGGAUAAAGUCCACAAGGAGAUAGAAGACGUUUUGGUUUCCUCCUCCAUCUGCUAUCAAGACUUAAAGAAACUUCCUUAUACGAAUGCUGUGUUUCAUGAGAUCCAGCGUUCAAAAUAUAUCUUGUUAGUUGGCUUCCCAAGACAAUCAACCAAAGACAUGAACCUGAGGGGCUUUCACAUUCCCAAGGGGACCGUUAUUAUACCAAAUGUACGCUCUGUUCUUCUUGAUCCUCAGCAAUGGGAGACUCCUGAAAAGUUCAAUCCAAAUCAUUUCUUGGACAAGGAGAGGAAUUUUGUGGCUAGAGAAGAAUUUCUGCCAUUUGGCGCAGGGGCCCGGGUGUGUCUGGGAGAGCAACUUGCGAGAACUGAGUACUUCCUCUUCUUGACCAACCUGUUGAGGGCCUUCCGCUUCCAGCUGCCAGAAGGAGUCAAAGAACUCAACCAAACUCCUAUAAUGGGAAUAUCAACACCACCCCAUCCAUAUAAAGUGUGUGCAGUUCCUCGCCACAUCCCCUAAUAAAAUAUAUCAAGAAAAGAAAUUAUAUCGGUUUAUAUAUCGCUGCAUUUUAAAGCUUCUAGAAAUUCAAUCCCAAACACCCAGAGGACCAAAGUUUGGAAACCAGAUGUUUAGACAAGCCAAGUACUUUCAGCAACCGAGCACCUUCUUUGAAGCUUGGGCUAAAACCUGGAGUAGAUUCACUGGAUAGGUGACACUUUCACUUUGUUCACCUCUUCCAAACAACUUCUUAAAAAAAUUCAGGUUUCUUUGGGAAAAAUAGCUAUAGUCCAAACUCUGAGCUUGUUGAGGGUGUUGAUAUUCCACUUCCAAGAAAAGGUGUAUAGUGCAGAGUGUAACAUAUAUCAUGUACUUAUUUAUUGCUGUUUGUUAAAGCUUUUGAGAAUUGAACCUUCUGAAGGAUCAAAGUUUGGAAAGUAUUGCUUCAAAGAAGCUAAGUAGCUUCAGCACCUAGGGCAGAGACUUUAAAAUUUGGGCUAAAUCCUGGAAUGGAUUCCCUGGAUAAGUGACACUUUCAUUUUGUUUGUCUCUUCCAAGCAACUUUUUAAAAAAUUGGAACCUCAGGUGUCUUUGGAAAAAGUAGCUGGAGAUCAAACUCUUUAUCUUCAUGAUGAGCUUAUUGGGGGUCUCGAUAUUCCACUUGCAAAAAAAGGGUGCAUUGUGCAGAGUAGAGUGUAGAAUAUAUCAGUGGGGACUAUAAAUAUUCAUCAUUAUAUUAUGUAUAUGAUUGUUAAAUAAAUUGCUGUUGCCUAUUGUCAUGCUGUGUACA